UCCCUCAAAAGAAUUUCAUUGUCAGAUGCAUUGUAUGGCCUCGAGUAAAAUCACUCAUGAUUAAAAUGUGGCAAGACAGUGAAGUUCGAUUUGACACAUCAUUAUCUGAUAUGCAGAUGCGAUGUGGGGAGCUUCUGAUUGACAGACUCGAUAUGAUCGAGGAUACUAAGGGCAAUGCCGGUGACCAAGGGCGACUUCUUGUUUCUAAUUUGCGUAUAAUGUGGCAUUCAUUGUCAUUACCACGGAUUAAUUUGAGUAUUGGAUUCAGUACUAUCGUCAAUGUAUCAACAAAGGAUGUCAAUAUUGUACAUGGAGGUAUUGUUCAAGCACUUCACAUUUUAACAGCAUUCAAAAAUUGUAGGUAUGAAUUUAUUUUCACCAAUCUGAAUAUCAAAAGUACCAGGCACUACACAUCAGUCAUCGGAGUUUAUCGCGCGUAUACAUCAACAAAAAUGUAUAGAGAAUUAAAAUUGAGAGGUGGAUUCAUUCAUGAUAAAAGACUAACAACAUUUCCAUUAGAAACUGUUAAUAGUACAACUCCAGGUGUUUGGAAUCUGUCCACGGAACAGGGAAAUGUAGGAACGUUUGUAGUAACAAACGUUCGUGUAGUUUGGUUCGCUGAUAUGAAUCAUCAAUUUAAUGUGUCUUUGCCGUAUUUAGUAAUGGCCAGUGUCAAUAUAAGAGCCUCAAAAUUUGGGCCAACAUUAGUCCUAAUAAGCACCGAAUCGAGUGGUGGAUAUGUAUUAGGAUUUCGGGUCGAUCCGAUCCAAAAACUUCAUAUCUUACAUAAGGAAAUUACGACAAUGCGAUCUGCAUACGAGAAAUCUCCCAUAUUUGGGGUGGAGUACACCUUUGAGCAUGAGGGUAUAGUGGAACCAGAGAUGAAGGAGGCCGAUACAAAAGAGAUGCAGGAAAGUGAAGACGAAAUAUCAAAUGUUUUUGGAUUAUAUUUCACGAAUGACAAUUCAAUCCAGAGGAAACCUAAUGUAUGUUCUUACCUGGGGCUAGCAGCUGAAGAGCCACGAGAGGGAACUUCUCUUCAAGGGCUUUGGGAACUUCUUCCAACCACAUGAUGAUAAUUAAAAUCCAAAUGAAAAA